AUGCACCCCCCGGAGCCUCGCGGACCUGGGGGGCCCCCCGACCCCCGAGAGCUGCCUGCUGCUCACACAGGGCCGGGGCCCACGCCGGGGCCCCCUGUGCCACCAGCUCCUCCUGGGGGGCCCCCGGGGGCCCCCCCGGGGCCCCCACCGCACCUUAUGUUCCCCCAUUCUCCUUUGAUGAUGCCUCCGGGGAUUCCCCUACCUAUGGGUGGAGUACCCCCAGCGUUGCUGCCUGGGGCGUUGGCGUUACAUCAUGCUGCAGUUGCAGGCGCUGCAGCAGGUGCAGCAGCAGCAGCAGAGGAGGCACGCAUGGCUCAGGAGCGUUCUUUUGCGAACGCGGGCGGCCACGGUGCCCACGAUGGGGGCCCCCCUAUGCCUCCGGGGGGCCCCCAUGGGGGCCUCCCAGAACGGGGUAGCAGUAGGGGCGCAGGAUCAAGGGGGCCCCCAGGGAAGCGGCACUAUGGGGAGAGAACAGGGGGUACCUGGCGUCGGCUGCCUAGAGAAGAGAGGCUGAAUCGCAUGCAAAUGCAGCAGCAGCAGCAGAGGGGGAGAUCGGACUGGAGGGGAGGCAGCAGCAGAGAUAGAUCUUCUGGUGGCAGCCGUUGGAGAGGAGGGGGGCCCCCUGGGGAGGGUCUGGGGGCCCCCAUGAAGAGGUCGCGUGCAGCUUUAAAGGGCCCCAGAGGCCCCUCAGGGGCCCCUGAUGGCCUCUCUGGUGCCUCUUCUGAUUCGGAGCUGUCGCUGAUGUCUGUUGCUUCACAGGAUCAGGAUCAGCAGCAGCGGGAGCGGGAGCGAGGGGGGGAGCAGCAGGAAGAGGAGCAGCAGGAGAGGAGGAGCCUCUCUGUCGAGGUGCUGCAGCAGCAUGGGGGGGGCCCCCUUGCUUCUGCAGAGGGUAUACGAGGGGCCCUAACUCCAAUGUCUUCUCUUUCAGGUUCAGAGUCAGAUUUGUCUAUAUCUGCUGCUUCUGCUUCACCUGAAAAGGGGGCCCCUUCGGGUGUAGGGGGCCCCCCUCCAGAGGGAUUUGGGGGCCCCCCUGAGGGGUUUAGGGGCCCCCCGGGGUUGAUGGGAGAUGGAGGUGUGGGGCGUGGGGAGUUGGGAUCGGUUUGCAUGCAAGAAGAGGAGGAGGUGCGGAGGUCUGAGCGGCGGCGGCGUCGCAGCGCCAGCAACAAUAACACCACCACCACCAACAACAACAGCAGCAGCAGCAGCAGCAACAGCAGGAGCAGCAGGAGGGGAGGAGGGCAGUUCUUAUUUGACCUCUGGGUGCCUACAACCUUUCACCCAGGUGGAAGAGAAGCAGCAAAAGUGCUGCUAGGGGUGCGGGGCUCAAUGCAUAAAGAAUUGCAGAAAGCAGCGGGCGCUCACGUGCAGAUAUAUGGAAAAGAAUUAAAAAGAAAUACAAAUAAACAUGAAUAUGAUGCCUUUAGAGACAACCAACCUCUGCACUUAGUGGUGAGUACUGACAGACACCGCAAUCCAAAUCCUUCUCCUCAAGAGCAGCUUCAAAUAGUAAGGCGGCUGCAGCAUAUGUUGGAGUGUCUCGUCAGAGACAGUUGGCCUGCAACUGCUUCCUUUCCCCCUCCUUCCUUUUAUGAUAAACAGCAAUGCUUGGGGCCCUCAACGGGGCCCUUAGUUGAAGUCAACCCGCUAGAUGGAUCUUGCCGCCUUAGAUCCGAUGCUCCUGCUGCUCCUACUGCUGCUCCUGCUGCUACUGCACCAACGCAACAGCAACAACAGCAGCAGCAGCAGCCGCUCGGCGCAAAUCAGCAGCAAGAAAACAGAUCGUUAACGGAGCUAGAGACAGGAGCGGGGGGAACGUUUAGGGGGCCCCCCCAUGGAAAUGAUGCUGCAGCAACAAGGGGCCCCCUGGGGGGGCCCCCUGCACCAGGAACGUUGCAGGGGGCCCCCCUUGGUGCUGCUGCUGCAGACACACGGAGCACAGAUGCAGCAACAGGAACGCCAAAUUCGUUCUCGCACAACGCUGCUGCUGGUGGUGGUGCUGCUACUGCACCAGCAGCAGCUGCUGCUGCUGCACCUACAGCACCAGGCCUCCAGCAGCCGCUUGGGAUUCCACAGCAACAGCAGCUGCAACAGCAGCUGCAGCAGCAAAUGCAGCAGCAGCAGCAACAGCAAAAUGAAGACGCUUCAGGAAGAACCUCACCUCGCGCUCCUUGGGAACAACCAGAAAAUUGCCUCAGCCCCAACACAGGGCACACAGGAGUUCGAUUUCAAGGAGAUCCUUUAUUGCUGUUGGAUUUGCCGCCUUCUUUAUGUUUGCUGCUGCUAACAUUGCAGGCCCCAUUGCUUGGGGUGAUACAUUAG